AUGUCGGGUGAACUUCAGACUAUACCUGCGCGCCAUGGGGCUGCGACUUUUGUGCCCAGAGGAAGGACGAUCAAGGUUAUUAACACGUAUGGGAAGCAGGUAGUCAGUAUGUGGGCUUUUACGCUGGGCCCGCCGCCUGAAGAGGGGGAAGGUGAGGAGUUGAAUGAGGAGGAAGUUAAAAAGGAGGCAGAAGAGAUAAAGAAGGUGGUUGGAGAGAGCAAAAAGCAGGAGGUAGAGACAGCAAACGAAGAUAACAAGGUCAAAAAUGAGAGUGAAGGGGUCGAAAGUGAGAAGAAGGAGAGUGAAGAGGGCGAAGGCGAGGAGAAGAAAAAGAGUAAGGACGGCAAGAAGGUGACACAGCUAAAUGAGGAUACCGCCAAUGGGAAAGGUCAAGACACUCAAACUCCACCCGAAAAAGCGCCAGAUACUCCCGAGAACGAGAAGACGACAGAAUCGACCGAGUCACCAUCCAAGCAACCCGCUAAGCGCACUUGGGCGUCUUACCUCCCUUCUAUCCCCUAUCGCAACAAAGGUGCAGCGAACAAGCAAGAGGCGGAACAAAAGCCCAGUGCUGAGCAAGUGAAGAAACAAAACGAGGAGAAUACUAAGAAAUGGUCUUCAUAUCUACCCACAGGCAAGAGUUUCUCAAGCUACGUGCCCAACGUAGCAGUCCCAGACUCCAAGUCUGUCAUAAGUGCAUUCAAGUCAAGUCACUACCGGGAUCCAAAUAAGAGCUAUGCAGAGCAACUGUACGACUUUUCCAAGACACCUGUGGGCGCGGGAACAGUGGCUGCUGCCACCGGCUCAGGCUACGCAUCCUCCGUCUACGCCGCCUACUCAGCCUACACCUCCAUGCACCCCUCCAACUUAUCCCAACCUCCCAUGGAAUACCUCUCCCUCCCCCACACCCGCACCGCCUCGCACAAACUCGUUCCAGAAGUCAACGACGAGCUCCUGACCAACCUCCGCAACCCCAUCCUAACUCUCAUCGAAGACACCUCCCCCGGCGCCCACGACACCCUAACUGCCGCCUGCGACGCUAACCAGUACGCCGCGCUGGGCAUUGACAAGCCCGCCGAACACGGCAGCUGCGCUGAGAACCUCGUCCUCGCCCUCAAAGAAAUAAAUGAGACGUCUGGCCUCAAAGGCACAAAAGCAGUGGGCGCUGAUAUCACGGUGAAUAUUGCGCCGACACCCCUCCACCUCUUCAUGAAUGCACCGCUGCAUGCUGAGGGCGAUAUUCACAAUGAUGGCGCGGGCGCAAAGGGCGUCACGCUUAGUGUUGAGGAGCCGCAGGGGAAGAAGAGGUGCUAUGUUCGGUUCAGGGCUGAGCGGGAUGUUGUCGUGGUGUUUAGUGCGUGCCCGAUGGAUGUGGGCAAGCAGAAUGGGGGGAGGUGUAUGGCGAGUAAUUUUAUGGUGGAGGAGGUUGAUGAAGAAGAUGACAAGGCAGAGUCUGGGGUGAAGGGGAAGAAAGAAGAAGUGAAGGAAGGUGGAGGGAAGGAGGCGGAGAAGAAGAAGGCAAGUGAGGAGCCGAAGCCGAAGAAAAAGCCGAAGAAACUUGAGGUGAGGAGUCAGUCUACUGCUCCUGUAUCGUCGUAA